UCCGACAGAGCAGAGCACUUGAAGCGUCGCCGUCUUCGUCGUCGUCGUUGUCGGUCGCUUCGCCGUCUUGUUAUUUUUAGUAGACACCGCAUUGCAAUCCAUCCAUCGCGUUCAGUUCCGCGCCAAUCGUUGAUCCGUUCAGUUCAGUUCCGAGUGGUUUAUAAUAAAGUUGUUUCGUUUGUUACCAGUGUAUGAAUAGUGUGUUUGUGUGUUGUUACUGACGCUACUUAGUCAGCCAUCUGUUGCAUUAGAUACUAUCUCGACAUACUCAGACCGUGGGUGUGCUGUUGGAGUCUAUUCUUUUGCUGAUUCAGUUUGUUUUUUUAUCCAUACGACACAUCCCGCAAAAUGGCCGUUAGCCGAUUGUCGAUCGUCAAAUUCCUUGAAUUGGCCCUCACCAUCAGCUGUGUGGUGCUGCACUACAAAAGCUUGGGCGAAACCGACGAGCUGACGAUCCUGCUGGUCGCCGGUACCUUCGUCGGCUAUAGCAUCAUCCUAAUCGGGCUCUUUGCUGGUUACCUGCUGAGCAAUCCGAUCAACAAGAAGAUCGACCUGUUCUUCAGCCUGCUCGGUUGUGCCAUGUUCAUCGCUUCCGGUGUGCUGAUCCUGCAGGCCUGGGAAAGUGGCUUCAAAACCGACCGCCGGCGAAUGGCCAUCUCCAAGGGUUCGCUGGCCAUCAUCAAUGGGGUGCUGUUCUUCUUCGAUGCUGUGUUCACCUUCCGAGAUUAGAUCGUUUCGCGCGAUAGCGAUAUAAAAUGCCAAAUAAAACAUUAUGAACAAUCGAAAUUUGGAGCAGCAGCGAGAGAUAAAGAGAGGUCGUAAUCUCAUAACUUCUAUAAACUACAGGACAACAAGAAGAAGAAGAAAAACGAUAAGACGCUAGAUUGUUAAGAUUGAUAUUUAUGUACAACUCACAAGAGAAAAAAAAAUAUUUGUCUUUUUAAAAAUUAAACUUUGAAAUCGAAACUAUGUAAGUGGACUAAGUGUGAAAUCUAUGUCAUAGCUUUUAAACAAAAACCAACAUGUGCGGUAGCUUUGAGUAUAGUUGCCGGGUGUCGGACGCUAGCCGGCGCCACCGAUAAAAAAAUCACACAGAUGGCAGCACCAAUAUUCUGGUGAGCUUUUGUUUACCUUCUCGAUGCGCAAAAAAAACAGAGAAAAAUAAGAGAACAUCCAACACCGAAAGGACAUCUUCCCCCACCCCGCCAGUUCGUCAUUUUCCAAGUACAACAUCAUUGAAUUUUUGAGAUAUAUAUUUUUUUUUUGAAACUUUAAUAAACAUUUAUUUAAUGUAACGAGA